CAAUGGCGACAUGUGCUUGGCUUCAAUGUGUUGAACUCAACGCCGUGUCUUGCCUCUAAUAUCUCUGCCAGUGCAACACGAGUACGUCUUCCACAUUACGGGCACACCGACUGUCUGCAGGAAAAGUGGCACACAUUUAUAUCCAGCCGUUCCUGCGUGGUAGCCUCCAAUUACACGUGGUAAAAUCUGCAUAUUUUAUUUGCUCUGAUAGUGGCAUAUGUGGUGUCCUGAUACAAACUGUUCAUUAUUUUGCCACCUCGUUGAAAUGUAGACUUGUAUGAAAACCUUAAUUGUCUGAGAUCUAUAUAGACUUGAAAUCUUUGCUAUUCUGUGUAUCGUCUGUAGCCAUAAGACGCAAUUUCCCGAGAAAUCAAAGUAGACGUAGGAAAGCAACGCUCGUCCGUGUGACCUUUCGUGUCUGUUAGACUCAAACACUCGUAAGCUCUCACCGUUUCUACCCAUAUGGAAAGACCUGGUGAACCUAAAAUUGACAUGAUCAGCAUCCUCGGCGCUUUAAAGGUCAACUAAUGGGUGUCUGGUAGUAUUGAAGUUGUAAUUUACCGUUGAAACAAUUCAAUUCUGCGGCUGUAGUCUGGCUGACGUGUGGUUUAACGAUUUGCAAGAAAAAAAGCAGGGAAGCAAUAGAAGCCGAGCAACAUGGCGACUGAUGUGGUGCAAAUGAAACAGACUGAAUCUAACAUACACAACAGUUUGAACGACCCUGAACUACCUGAAUUAACGCGUGUGGAACAUGUAGAUAAAAGUGACAUUUUAAUUACGGAAGGAGAAAUGAUUUCUUCGGAUGAACAAUGUGGAAAAGAAAGCAAUCAAUCGGGAAGAUCCAGAAAAAAAUUCCAAGAGGCACCUGCUCCAAAGACCAACCCAUGGACUAAAAGUACAAAUUUCAAUACUGUAACUAAUGUAACUGAAGAGGUUGUACCCACAGCUACUGUGAUAAGAGUCAGUGAUAAAAGACCUGUCAAGGUUGCUGAUUUCAGUGAUGUGACUAACUGGCCAACACCGAGUGAACUUCAACAGGAAGUGUCAAAAGAUAAAGAGGUGAGUUUGAAACGUGGAUUGUCUGUCUAUCGCAAGAAACUUGGCAUUGGUCAGUCCCAGGAAAUGAACACACUAUUCCGGUUCUGGUCAUUUUUCCUACGAACUAAUUUCAAUCGAAAGAUGUACCAGGAGUUCAAGCAGCUCUCAGUAGAAGACGCCAAAGCAGGAUAUAGAUACGGGUUAGAAUGUCUGUUCAGGUAUUACAGCUACGGUUUGGAAGUCAAAUUCCGCCCAGAAAUCUUUAAAGAUUUUCAAGAAGAAACUGCAAGAGACUAUGAAAGUGGUCAGCUGUAUGGUUUGGAGAAGUUCUGGGCCUACUUAAAAUAUUCAAGACGUCAUGUGGAUGUGGACUCUAAAUUACAUGGUGUCUUGAAAAAAUUUAAAAGGCUGGAAGAUUUUAGAGUUGUGCCCCCGAAAGAAGAGGAUGAAGAUAAACUUCAUGGUGCUAAAGGGGGAUCUACAUCCGCACUUCAAGAGACAAGUACUGGUGGAAAGACUGUCAAAACACCUGCACCGUCUGAAACUCUGAAAGAGAAACCACAAAGUAAAAAGGCCGAUCCAGUUGACAAGAAAGGAGUCGAAAAAACUAAACAAACUAACAGUUCUGAGGAAUCAUGAUAUUAAAAGCAUAUCAUUUAUAGCUGCAUUUAUUAUCUUAUUUGGGCGUGGUUAGCACCUUGGAAAGUAUCUCCAAACUGUGACUAAAUUCAGCAUCCUCAGUGAAAGAACCAAAGACUCGCAUCUUCUUCUGUGUCUUCAUUGAUAUCAAGAUAUCAAAGGAAUUAGUUUAGUUCUAUUUUGGUUUUAAAUCCGAAAGCUACCAGCUGAGGAUAAAUUAUUUGUUCGUCUUUAUCAGGGAAUGCCUGGUAACUAGUCCUGGUUGCUUUUAUUUAAUCCAUUACUAAAUUUGUUCACAUACUUAGUCCCUGCAGACUCAUUUAUGACUGUGUACAUUUGCUGGUGCAGUAAAAGUAUAAGUGUACUUGCAGGGGCAGUAUGUCUGAAUUAAAAUAAAUCAAUGACUAAAAGGCAAACCGACAUGCGUGUUAAUAGAACACCAAUCAACCGCUGGUUUGGCCACAUCUCCCAGUGCUGUGUAACCAAUCAGCUUUAUGAAUCUAAAUGUUACUUACAAGAGCUUAAUCAACUGCCCGUUCAUUUAAUAAUUUAAUGUGUCAGGGAAAAUUAUAACUAAAUUGGCACGCAAUUAUAUUUACAUUAAAUUUAGUAGAGGGGGUUACUGUUCUGUUGAAAGGGUAUGAACUGUUCGGUUACAUAAUAAGCAUAUAAAAGUGUAUAUGCUGGCAUUAUGAAUAAAAAGAUGCAUGCUUUUAUAUUAGUAAAAGUAUGAAAUUCUAUGGAAUAAUUAAGUUGCAAUGAAGAAUCAUUGUAGAACAUUCCUAUUAUAUUUUCUUUAUGCUACAGUUUCAUUUCCCAUCCAUUUUUAGUUCAGAUUUGUCUUAUUUUUCAUAUCUAAGGCUACAAGAUUUUGUCAAAUUUGUCUAUAUAAAGAGAAAAAGUGAAGAUAACAAAAAUUUAGUCUACAUUUCUUCCAUAUUAGAGUUUUUAAUAAGCUUUGCUGGGCAUUCAUGUUUUUUUCAUUAAGAGGAAUAUUAAGUUUUUAAUUUAACAUAUCUGUAUGUAGAUGUUUUUAUCUUCUCCCCCUUUCGUCAUUGACAUCUUCACUUUUAUGUUGUGGAGAAAGUGUUGUAUACUUGUGUAAUGUCUAAUACACGUGUAGUACUUGU